AUGGAUGCUUCCAGUGCUGGUGGCCGUCUGCGCCAGGUUGUGGAGGCCUGGUGCUCCUACAUGUCCUCUACCUCAUUGGACCGCUUCGAGGAUUCUGACUGUUGCAUUUCUCAACGUUUCUCCCUUCCGCUCUUCACCUCGGCACCCACUAAACCCUGCGCCUGUGUCCUAGACUCCCUCUUUGACCACCUUCUGCUC